AUGGGUAAUUGCAAUAAUACUCGUGAUCUAAAUGUCGAUGAAAUAAAAUGUAAAUUUACUUUUUGACUUAAGUGCCAAAUAAAUGCGAUUAUAAUUUUUUGUAUGUUAUUGGAAGAGGUGGAUUUGGAAGAGUCUGGAGAGCAGAACAUAAAAAAACUAAACAUUAAUAUGCUAUAAAAGAGAUGUAGAAAUGCAAGUAUAUAUUUCUUAAAGUAUUUAAUAGAAUUAUUAAUAAAAAAAGUAUUGGUUCUGUAAUGAAUGAGAGAUACUUAUUAAGUAAUCUGAGACAUCCGUAAUGAAAUUUGUAUAACUAGAUUUUUAGUAAAUAUGCACACAGCAUUUUAAGAUCGAGAAAGUCUAUACUUAGUUAUGGAUUUAAUGACAGGAGGAGACCUUAGAUUUCAUAUAUGUAAAAAUAGGAAGUUUAGUGAAGAAUAGACAAGUAAAAUAAACCAUUUUAUACUAUAAGAAUUUUUUGUUAUAUGUGUUCUUUUAGCUUUAGAGUAUCUGCAUCAUAAUACUGUUAUACAUAGAGAUAUUAAACCAGAAAAUUUAGUAUUUGAUAAAAAUGGUAAAUUUUUGUAAAUAACCAGAGUAGGAUAUUUAAGAUUAACAGAUUUAGGCAUUGCGAGGAUAUGGAAACCAGGAAAUGAUGGAGAUACAAGUGGAACACCUGGUUAUAUGGCUCCUGAAGUUAUGUGUAGAUAAGUUCAUGGAGUAGCAUCAGAUUAUUUUGCUGUUGGAGUUAUAGCUUAUGAAUGUAUGAUGGGAAAAGUAAAUUAUCAACUUAAAAGUAGAGACCAUAUUUAGGUAAAACUAGAAAAGAAAUUAGAGAUUAAAUAUUAUCUAAAUAAAUUACUAUUAAACCUAACUCAAUUCCAGAAGAUUGGUCUGAAGAGGCUGCAGAUUUUAUUAAUUAAAUGAUUUAAAGAAAACCAGUCAAUAGAUUAGGAUUUUAUGGACCUGAUGAAGUAUUUGCCCAUCCUUGGUUUAAAAAUGUUGAUUGGGAUGCUUAUUUAACAUAAUCAAAAUAAGCUCCUUAUAAAAUUAAUGUAUAAUAAGUAGAAUUUAUAUUUAGUCAAGUUCAGAUAAUUUUGACCAAAAGUUUGCCAAUAUUAAAGAUCCUGAAGAUGAAGCUUAAACUAAAUUAAAUGCUGAACUUUUAAGAAGAGAUUCCAUUUAAGAAGCAUUUAAUGGAUACACUUAUAAAUCCUAAAAUUCGUAAUAAACAAUUUAAGAUUAAACUAAUUCAAAACCAACAACUUCAAUGAGUUAAUAAAUUACUCCUACUAAAAAGAAAUUACUUGAUUCUGAACCCUAAAGUGAGCUAAGAUCUUAAAAGAAAUAUCAUUUAGUUUAAACUCCAAGAUUUAAUAAAAAAUUAAACUUUACUGCUGAUUAACCCCUUUCAGAAAAAGGGCAAACUAAAAAAAAUUUUGAUUUUUGA